UAAUCGUCUGCUGCAAUCGCGGUGGCAAUGAACGUGUCGCUCAGUCGGUCUUGAAAUGAUAAGAUCGCUACAUACGACCUUGCAGUAAAGUUAGGAGCGAUCUCGCACGCCUAAGAAUUACGCAUCUGUGAAAAGUGAAUUUAACAGCGUCAAUACACGUGGUACGCGUACCUCCUGCAAGAUGCGGGCGAUUUAUCUGUGAAGUUCGCGGCUCUUCGUCACCGUGCCAACUGUGCGAUACGCAGCGCCUUCACCAUCGCCAUGCUGAACAACUGGAUGUUCGUCGGAGUUUCCGGCGUCACGAACGGCGGCAAGACUUCGCUCGUGAACCACCUUCGAAAGGCCUUCGAGGGUUGCGUGGUGCUGCAUCAGGACGACUUCUUCCGCUCGAAGUUCGACCCAAAACACGAAAUGAUCACCGAACUGAACCACGCCAACUGGGAGGCUCUGUCGAGCGUCGACUGGGACGCGCUGAUGGACGCCGUCACUGCCUGCACGUCGCGUCAGCCGUCUGGUCUGCGACUGCUCAUAAUCGACGGCCACAUCAUCUUCAAUAAUCCCAGACUGAACGAGUUGUUCGAUAAGCGCUACUUCUUUACGCUGCCGCGAGAGGAGUGUUACGCGAGGCGCUUGACUCGCACCUACGACCCGGCUGACGUGCCCGGGUACUUCGAUAAAGUCGUGUGGCCCAUGUACAUCAAGAACUUGCAGGAGAUCAAGGACGCCCAUAUCGACGUCACUUACCUGGACGGGACGCACGACAUGGGCGAACUUCACAAGACAGUGCUCCAAGACUUGCGAGGCUUUUUGGAAGGCCGCAACGGCCGCUGUUGAAGCGUAACAUUAGGGCUCCCGACACAGGCGUGCCGACGCCAACACAAACUACAUAGUAUAUUUUCUGUUGUUUGUAUCUGUGCCCGCGCGCCCAAUUUUUUUCUGUAUUUUUUCGAGCUAUCGUGUUAAAUUUACAAAGUAUUUUAAAAGUGAGAGUGCCACGGUGCAUUUUAAAUAUGUCUUAGGCGCACCGUUUUUACUAGUUAUGUCGAUUGUUGCAUGUUUUAUGGAAAAUAUAUAUCUUUAGCCAUUUUGUUUUAA